CGAACUCUGAGCCUAGGAUGGGUCCGAACCACCCCCAGUACAAACGAAAUAGGACUAUUCUAGGUGCUUUUAGGGCCCCUGGGAAAGGGGCAGGGCUGGUGGUUUAGAGAAAUGAGCCGCCGGCCUCGGAGAAUUCGGGGACCCUCACGCCCCGCGAGCGCGGGAACCCCUCAACGGGAACCUGGGGAAACCCUUGCUGUCAGGUCGCCAAUGCCGGCGAGGGGUGGUUGCGCCCGCUCUCCCGCGCCCUUGACGGAAUGGGCACCCGGCUAGCUCUGGCUCUAGCAUUGUCCCUAAACUCCAGGUUGGAGUCACGCAGCCGCGAAGAGGACCUUUCAAAUUCCAGUUUAUGGUUGCCAGGGACCCGCUUCGCUCCUGCCGACGCGCUGGUAGGCUCGGGCUUUCCUCCCUCCUCUCUUCCUGCCCAGUCCUGGGCUCCUCUGGAGACUCAGGCAGAGACGGGAAAGGCAAGACGGGACCAAGGUGGAGCCGGGGAAAGCAGCCCCCUCUCUGUGUCCUGGGAAGAGCAAAAAGAGAUCCAAGCACCUGCUCCUACUAUCUAGUUGAGUGUGUUAUAUUAGGAAAAUAUUUUCAAUUCCUCAAGCACUCUCCCUCAACUUGGGCUGGUUCAGUAGUAGUCAACAAUUUAUUAGGCAAGGAACCUUCGUUAGGGUAGUCUUUAAAAGCAAGGCACUCCUUGGAUUCUAAUCUGACUAUCCCACUUAUCGGUGAUGUGAACUUGGCGGAAUGAUUUAAUCAUUUUGUGUCAGUUUCCCCACCUUUAAAAUAAGCAUAAUAACUAUUUUACAGGCUUGAUAUUAGAAGUAACUGAGUUAGUUUAGUCAAAAUGCUUAAACCAGUCCUUGGCACAUAGGAAGUACUCUAUAAAUAUUAAUUAUGCAUUUACAGUUUAAUGUUUAGCAGGAGUGAGUGGUCCAGGGCCUACACCUGCGGCUCCCACCACGAAAUAAGAAUCUGAAUUUCUUACGACUCUCAAGACGACAUUUUGGAAGUCAGUGUGCGUGGACCCCUCCCUGGCUUAAACAUUCAGAGACAAUAUGGCAUAGCAUUUAAGAGCUUGAGCUUUGCUGUCUCACAGAAUUGACUUAAAAAUCUGUCGUUACCCAUUAGGUGAUGUCAGGAAAGUUAUUUAAUCUCUCACCCUCAGUUUUCUCAUCUGUAAGAUGAAGAUUUUAAUAUGGUUAAACUGUUAUAGUUGAUAGUCAAAAUCCUGAAUGCACAGACAUUGACCAGUAAGAACGAGCACUGGGGGUGGGCUGCUCUCCCACACUGCUUCCAAUAGAAUAAUAUUCCGAUAGCACAUUAGUCCUGAUUGUUAAGGAAUAAGUGGGAUAAUCCAUAUAAUUUGCUUUCAGCAUUCUUGGGACACAAAAACAUCAAAUGUUAGCAGUUGAUGCCAUUAUUUAACUUAUAAUCUCAUUUUUAAAGUGUGCUUUGAGACUAAAUUAUUGUGUAUCAGAGGAUGUCAGAGGUCUAACUCAGUCUCCUGCAUUUCAAGCUUUUUUUAAACUUAUUUUGAGAGGGAAGUGGAACCUAUGGUUUUGUUUCAAACUGUUUGCUAAUUAAUUAAUUAAGAACAAUAAUUCUUAAGGCCUUUCACCACAGACACACUGAUAAUAACAUAGUUCUCCAUGUCAAGGUUGGGGAAUACUGGGAAAAAUCAGGGUUUUUUCAUUUUAAGGAAAGUGACUGGGUCUCCUAUUUCAUAAGGUCAUUCACAGAAAAGGGCAGUAGCUCUUAGUAGUUAAAGUUAGACGUGGAUCCUAGGGGAGACUCUCAGAAAGGGCUGUUUAAUGAGCUCUUCUAUUCCCUGCUCUAGCUGUCUGCUUCUCCUAAACCAGAGAACUGGGGCUUGUGGAGAGAAACCUUGAGCUUAGAUCACUGGUUCAGAGACAUGAUGUUGGACCUCUCUAGAGCCAUCCUCUUCCUUAUGUGCUGGAUAAGACUGUGGAGAACAGCAUCAGAGCCUAGGUAUGAGCACUUGAAAGUGGUGUUUCUUGACACGAGCCUGGACCUCAGGUUGGUGGACCCCUUAGGAGACCUGUAUAAAUUUACUGGGGCUCUUUGACUCCCAAGAUGCCAAGAAGAAGCUGAACACGUACACUGACUGUCCCCUAUGCUGAGUCUGAGAGAUUAUAAGGAGAGUAGUGAGCAAGAGGCUUUUAUCCAGGUGCCUCAGUGGGAAAAUGGCAGGCUUCAUGCUUCUAUUCACCAGCCAGCAGUGGUAAAGACCUCCUUGCCUCUUGGUCUUCUCCUAUGUGUGGGACUGCUAACUUAAAAUACUCUAUUAACCAGAUCUAAACCUCAAUGAACUGACAAAAAAAAAAAAAAUCCCCAAAACAAAAACUCAAGGGGAUCCAGUUGCCAGACAGAGAAUGAUGAAUAGAGACAAACUGAAUGUGCAUCUUGGGAAAUAUAACUGCUAGAACAGCAGAUGACAAUAUGAAUAACAAAAAAAGAGCAUCAAGUACAGCAUUAACACUUUCUGGAAUUUAAAAAAGUAUAUAUAAUACUUUUAAAAAUUAAAUUAAAAUUUAAUAAAAGAUAUCUAUAUCUAUCCCUAUCUCUUUCUAAUGAAGCAAUUUAGCAAUUGAAUUGGAGAUGGUCACUUUUGAGACCCAAGAAGUUGCCUAGAUGAUUUAAAGAAAUACCCCAAAGCACAGAGGAAAAAAGAUAGAGAUGGAAAUCAUGAAGAAAAAUAAGAUAAUACGCUUAAAGGAUACAUCUAUGAGAUCUAAUAUGCAGACAAAAAGUUCCAGAAGAAGAAAAAGGAGUAGACAGAAGGGCAGGAAUAAAUGAAUAACAAAAUCAUAGAAAAUUUCUCUGGGCCGAAAACUUUUUAAAAGGCCUGAAUCUACAGAGCUAAAGAACUCACAACAUUUCAGUGUGGAUUAAUGAGUAAAGACUCGCACUAGACAUAUACAGAUAUAAUUUCUACAGGCUAAGGAUAAAGAGAAAACUUUAUAAGCUUUCAGGAAGAAAGGGCAAGUUAUCUACAAAGAAAAAUGACAUUAUUCUUAUCAUUUGUAAUGUUGGAAGCUAUAAAAUGGUUAAAUAGCAGCUAUAGACUGGUAAAAUAAAGGGGCUGCCAUCCAUGAGCCAAAAUGUAGUCACCUGUCCUGACGAAAUAAACAUUUGAGGAUUUGCAAGAAUGCAGAGUCUGUAUCACUCAGGUCUUUCCCAUCUGAAGACAUAAUUUAAGAAAGGGCUCUAAACAAAUAGCAAAUACACUAAGAGGAAAGAUAGAAAAAAUAUGGAAAAAGAAAUAAAGCUAUGAUUUAAAAUGAAUACUAAACCUAAAGUAAUAUAUAAAGAAUGCAAUAAAUUAUCAGUGCAUGUGCUAAAAGUGAAUGGACUGAAUUUUCUCAUUUAAAGGAAAAAUAUGGAAAAGAAAUAAAGCUAUGAUUUAAAAUGAAUAAUAAACCUAAAGUAAUAUAUAAAUAAUGCAAUAAAUUAUCAGUGCAUGUGGUAAAAGUGAAUGGACUGAAUUUUCUCAUUUAAAGGCAGAGACUGUCAGACUGGGUCAAGUAAUAAAAUCCGCCCAUAUGCUUUUUAAAAGAAACACCUGUGAGCUUGGUCAAAAAGCUACCAGACAAACAAAAAAGCAGAAAUUUCAAUCCUGCAGAAAGCUAACCGAAAGUUAAGAAUCAAAUAAAGAGAGAGACUUUAUAUAUUGAUAAAAAAUGUCCAGAGAAAAUUAACAAAAACUAAAUAUGAGCUUUGUCAUCCUUAUCCCCAGCUGAUGAAUAUGCUUUUACUUGCCCUUAUUAACUUCACACCUUAUUAAUUUCAUGAAGAAGAAUGGUGUCUCUCCUUCCAGCUGCAGGGGCAUGAGGAGACAUCUCAAAACCUUUUCUGAGAUGCCUUUUUGUUAGUAGUUGUUAAUUAAGAAGACUUUCAUUUUCCAUUUUAUUGUUUAGAAUUUUGAGAAAAAGGAGGCCUGAAAAAUUAAAUUUUAGCAAAAGUAAUAGAAAAAAGACAAAACAGAAUUUUUAAAAUAAUAACGCAGUAAGGGACAAGCAAUGUCCUUCCUCAGAAAGACUUCUUUCUGUGGAAGAGCUAAAUCAAAGGCGAAAGAAACAAGAUUGCACUAAAAUGUAUGAUAUUAUAAAACUUGUGUUUAUGUAAAAUUAAAUAUGAUAGGUAUAUGUAAAUUAAAUGAAAAUGAAAAAGUGGUCUAAUUUAUUUUUAUUAUGGUACACUUUGGGACCCUCAGCUUUUAAAACGUUGUUCCUUUAAUAGUCUCCUCAGUUUUUUAUUUUUCAUGGAAUAAAUAUGUUCUAUUUCAUGGUUUUAGAACCCAAACCUGUAACACUGAUACUUCUCUUAAGAUGUAUGUACUUGUGAAUAUAAUAGUCAGCACAUUUCUUGAAUGGCUAUUACAUAACCAAUUAAUAUAGUAGACUGGAGCCAAACCAAGAGAGUUUACCUUGUUUUCUCUCACCUCUGUACUAUGGGUUAUACUUUUUAGUUUUUAUGUGAAUCUUUAUAAUCUAGGGCUCUAGUUUCUGACUGUGAUUGAGGCUGUUGGAUCCAUCUGGCUAACUAGCAUGACUGAGCCCUUCACAUCAGUUGCCUACAGUGUAAUUUGCUUAAUACCAGCAAAUACUGGCUCAUGCUUUGCCAAUAAGGUUUAAAGCUCUCCAUGAAGAUUCAGCUGGAGAAAUGGUACUUUAAACAAGGUUAUGGACAACUCUAGAAUCUCCUAAAUGUUGCUACUAUGUCAAUAGGAAUGGGUCUUUAGAAUGGGUAAUCCUGAGAAAAAGGAAGCCAUCGUAAAAGGACACACAUUUGCCCAUUUGAUCCAGAGGCCUCUCAUCUGAGAGACAAUUCUAAUUCCUGAAGCUGCUGGACCUAUUAGGGUCUAAGCCAACUUUGAGAUCCCUGUUUUCAGGGGCCAAGGCCAUAUAUCCACACAAAGCAGUUCUAGUCAUGUGGGAUUUGGAUGAAAUUGCACUAUCACAUAUCAACACAGAGUCAUGGUGACCAUGAGGCUUGAUUUGACUCAACUCUUCCUCAAAUAUAUCAAGCAGGCUCUUGUCUGAGGCCUCUGCGCUUGUUAUUUCCUUCUCCUAGAAUGCUCCGUCUCCCAGAUAUCUGCAUAGCUCACACUCUCACUUUUUGCAAAUGUCACCUUAGCAGUGUCUUCCCUUUCUACCCAGAGAGAAAUAGGACCCACCCCCUAACCCUUACCUCCAGCACAAAGUCUGUUACCCCACUCUGUUUUUCUCCACGGCAAUGAUCACCAUCUGAUACACUACAGUUCAAUGUCUGUGCCCCUUCAAUACAAUGAAAGCGCCAGAGAGGGAGGCGGGAGCAAGACUUCGGAUGUUUUGUUCGCUGCUGGAGUGGGCCCGAAAAACUGGCAGGCACGAAGUAGGUGCUCAAUAAUUACAUGGAUUAUUGGAUGGAGGAAUAAAGGGCUGCUGCUAAUUGGGAGUCAGCCAGUAUGCGAAAGGUCACCUGGAGCCAGGUUCCAACUCCCAGACCCCCGCUUCCCCCAGGUUGAGUUCUCAGGAAAGGAAGGAGGCUGUGUCCCCGAGGUGCGCCGCACGCAGAGGAUCUUAUAUUGCACCAGGUUAUCUUCUCCUAGGAGCAGCGCUCGGUAGAGCGGGUCUAAGGCUCAGGCACCCAGCGCCAGCGUGGGAGCAGCGCCCCUUGCCCUGCCAGCCAAUGGGAAGAGAGACUCGCUGGGCCGGGCCGAGAGGGUCCAACCGCACCCGGCGGCCCACGCAGCUCUCUUCGCGCGCGUUUGCUGGGCUCGCAGCGGAGGAGGAAGAUUAGUCGUGAAAGGAAAAAGGGUAAGUUCCCCUUUCACAUCAAACAGCAGGUACCUGUUGAGCUGUUCCUUUCACCUUUUCCUUUCCCUCUUCGUUUCCUCGCUUUCGGCGCUGGGAUUUAACCUUCGCAACCGACGUCCGCUGUGACUCAAGGUAUGGAAUGAUCCUCCUCUUCUCUGGGGGUGUUUUGCCCCCGCUAAAAUAGGAUUAGAUACCCUGAGAGUCUUUCCAGCGCCCACAUUCUUAGUGGAAGACAAAAAAGGGGAUGCAGACCCCGGGCCGAGGCCCAAGAGGAGGAGCUGCCAGGACUCCCAGGGAGAAGAACUUGGUCCGCUAGCGGGCGCGGGCGAAGAUCCGCGGGAGCGGUCACUCCCGGUGCGAGGCGAGUCCGCGGUCUCUUGGGGAGGCGGGGAGCCCAGGCUGCGGUGCGCACGUGGGUAAGUAGUCCACUUUCGGUGGAGACCUAGUGUGGCUUUUAGCUCGAGUGCAGUGCCUGCUUCCUAACUCGCUUGAGGUCAAGUGGUAUGAUUAUCCCCACUUUCACCAAUCCUAGGGAAUUCCAGCACGCCUCUCUCCUCCCUGCCCGAGAGCAGGUGUUCGUCCUUCAGUCCGAGAAUAUUCCCUUCCUGUGCUCCAUUUAUUUAAGGAAUGUGUUUUGAUUAAAGAAAGUUGUCACAAAUUGUCGUAAACCCAAAACACGACGAAGGUCAAUAUUUUGGUAUAUUUUCUUUGUCUUUUUUAUGUAGAGGUUUUGUUUUAAUUCUUUAGUACCAAUCCUCAUAUUCUUACUCUACUUUUAACCCUGCACGUGUUGCAUAUUGCUGCGUGAAGAGGUCAUUUUAAAGACUGUGCCAUAUUUUUAUGCGUUUAUUUCAUUAAUCAUAAUUGAGUUUUAGUUUGGCAAUUAUUUACUACUUGAAAUAAACACCUGUGUGCACAAAACUUUCUUUUCUGUGCUUGGGAUUCUUUCCAUUGAGUAAUUUCCCAGAGAGAGGUUACUGGUUGAAAAGUCAUGCAUGGUUUUCAAGUUCUUCAUAGUUGUGGACAUGCAGCUUUCCAAGAGUGUAGCAAUUAACAUUUAUACUAACAAUAGCUACUCCAUUAUGUGCUCAUCGUCAUGUGAUAUUGUUUUUUAAAGCUUAUUUUUGCCAUUUUGAUAAUUGUGAAGUGAUAUCACCUGGUUUGUGUUAGUUUAUCUAUAUGCUUAAGUUUGAACAUUUUCUGAAAUACUUGUUAGCCGUUUACCUUUUUUUCCCUCUAUGGAUAGAUUAUUAGCAAUAAUUUGCUUUUAGUGCUUUUCUAAUUUGUAUUAUGUCUUUCUGGUGAUAUGAACCUUUUAAAAACUAUAUUUUAGUGUGAACUAUAAUUCAUAUAGGAGAGUGCAUUAAACAUAACUGUGCAGCUUAGUGAAUGAUAACCAAGUGAUCGUCCAUGUAAACCAUCACCAGGUCAAGGAAUAGAACAUUACCAGUGCCCAAGAGCCCCAGGGGCACCUCCCUGAUCAUAAAUCCUCCCUGCCUGCAGAGGUAACACGAACUCACUUUUAUGGUAGUUACUUCCUUACCCCUACCCCAUUUUUUAUACAUGCAUCCAUAAACAAUAUAUGGUUUAUUUUUUUAUUUUUGAUCUUUUUAUGAAUGGAAUUAUACGAUACAUAAUCUUUUGAGGUUUGGCUUCUUUCACUGAUUAUGUUUGUGAGAUUCACCCUAGUAGCGUAUAGUUGCAGAUCAUGUAUUUUCAUUACUGUAUAGGAUUUCAUUGUAUGAAUUUACCACAAUUUAUUUGUUGGUUCUACUGUAGGUGGACUCUUGGAUCUUUUCCAGUGCUUAGGAAUUACAAGAUUGCUGCUGUGGCUAUUCUUGUGUGUCUCUUGGUAUACCUGCACACACAUCCCUGUUGGGUUGAUUCUGAAGAAUAUGAUUGUUAGGCCGUAGGGUAUGCAUAUCUCCAAUUAAAAAAUAACUAUUUUAUUUUAGAAUAGUUUUAGAUUUACAGAAAAAGAAUUGUCUUAUACCCCUUACCCAAUUUCCCCUAUUUUUAACGUCUUGAGUUACCUUAGUAUACUUGUCACGACUAAGGCAAUUAAGACUGUUAAUUAAGUGACACUUAGCUUAGGUUUCAGUAGUUUUUUCCUAGUUCUUUUCUAUUCUUGGACCCUUUUCAGAAUACCAUAUUACACUUAGUCAUCUUGACUCCUUAGUCUCCUCUGGUCUGUGAAAGUUUCUCAGUCUUUCUUUGUUUUUGAUGACUUUGACAGUUUUGAGAAGUACUGGUCAGGUAUUUUGUAGCCUAUCAUUUUGGGUUUGUCUGAUGUUUUCCUCUUGGUUAAACUGGAAUUAUGGGUGUUGGGGAGGAAUAUCACGGUGGUCAUAUGCCACUCUCAUCACAUGCUAUCAAAGGUACAUCCUAUCAACAAUGACAUGACUGAUGAUGAUAACCUUGAACACCAGGCUGAGGCAGUGUUUGUCAGGUUCUCCACUUAACAGAUCACUAAGCCCCAAUCACUAACAAAUGGGUGGGGGUGGGUUGGGGCUAAGACCCACCUCCUGGAGAAGGGAAUAUCUACGUAAAGUAUUUGGAGUUAUUCUACGAUAAAGAUUUGUCUCUUUCCCCUCAUUUAUUAAUUUAUUCAUUCAUUUAUCUAUAUCAGUAUAGACUCAUGGAUAUUUGCUUUAUACUUUGGGUUGUAAUCCAAUACUGCAUUAUUUAUUUUGGCCAUUUGGGAGCUCUUUCAGGUUGGCUUUUGUGUCUUUUUGAAGUACUCUUUCCUUUUCUUUUCCUUACUUUCUAGCACUGCAAGAAGCUUAGGCUCAUCUUGUAUAUUCCCAGCCCUAGUCCUAGAAUCAGCCACUUCACCAUAGAGCCCUGACUCCUCUUAUGGGAGAAUGGUAUUAGAAACCAAAUGUGGAUCUGGGUGCGUAUCUCCAAUUUUAGUAGUUAAGGCCGACAGUUCUAAAGUGAUUUUACUAAUUUACACUUCAACUAUUUAUUUGUCAAGUUUCCUAUAAACAUUUUUGCUGUUUUUGGUUUCGUUUUGUGUUUGAAUUCUUAUGGAGAAGAGGUUUUAAUUUCAACAUAGUUAACAAUAUAUCUCCUAAUAUUCAUCCUGAUUUUUGGUCAUUUCCCUUAAUGUGCCCAAACUGGUAAGUCCCUCCUCUCCUAAAGUGUGAUAAAUAGUCUCUGCUGUUUCUCCCCUCUGGUUUGAAGUAUUAACGAUUUACUGAUUUACUGUAUCUGAGAUUUAUUCUGUGAGAAUACUAAUUACUUUUUGUCUGAAUGGUUUACAAGUUGUCCUAAUACUCUGCACUGAGUGCUUCCCUUCCCAAUUACAGUAUUUCUUCUAUUAUAUAUUUGAAUCUCAUGGGAAUGUCUUUCUCUGAGUUAUGUAGUCUGUUUCUUUGAUUUCUUCGUUAUGGUCAUAUCAUAGAGAAGGACUGAUGAGUUGUACACUCAGCAGUAGAGGGUAUGGCUUUGGAAGUGGUUUCAACUGCAGGCAAUUUGCUGCCCUGGGACAUUUGACAAAGUCUGGAGACAUUUUGUUUGUCACAACUGUGGGAGAUGGAGGAGGGUUCCAAUGGCAUCUAGUGGGUAGAGGCCAGGAAAGCUACUAAACAUCAUACACUGCCCAUACAAUGUGCCCCAAAUAAAGAAUUAUCUGGCAAAUAACUGCUAUAGGAGGUUCCAUUAGACCCAUCAAGAAAGGAAAUCAGGCAGGAGUAUCGGAAAAGGGUGGGAAUAUCUUGUUUCCUAGAUACAAUGUCACUUCCCCAAGACUUUCUCAUCUCUACCCUCUAUAGAAAAGAAUCCCUCCUUCCUUUGUGUUCUCCUAGAACUGCCAUAGCUCAGAAGAUUGCCAUUAUAUAUUUAGAGGUCUUCCUCUUCCCAUAGCCCAGUGUUCAGCACAGGAUCAGGUAUCGUGGAACGUGGCCACACAGGUUUCAUUUAACUGUGACUCGAAAAAUGGAGUGAAAUUGAAAGGCAGUGGUACCUAGUAGGAAGAGAAUCAGCUUUGUAGUCUGAUAGGCUACUUAUCAACUGUGUAACCCCGGCAAGUUUCUUAAUUUCCAAGUCCUCAUAUCUAUAAAAUGUGGAUAAGACUAAAUUUUCAGGAGUAUUUUUAAGACUAGAGAAAAUUUUCAUAAAGAACCUAUACACCGUAGAUCCUCAACAAAUAUGGCUAUUAUUAACAUGUGCUGAAUGAAAAAUUUAUUUUGAACACGUGUGCUCUAAUUAUUAUAAGUGGCAAAAGUUCACAUAAAUAAAUUUGAAAAUUGAAAUGAAUCUUCUCCAACCACAGGUUCCCAUUUUAGUUUAGAACAUUUUGGAAUUUAUGAAUGCCUUCACGUAAGAGGAGCAACAACAGACGUCUGUUUUUUCCUUCCCAAAAAUGUGAACAAAGGAAGACCACAAAACAAAGAACAGUUUCUUCAAAGAACAGCAUAAAACUUUUGGGAAGGAUACCAGAGUCUUUCUGUCAGAACUAUAGCCCUCAUGUAGUAGAGACCCAAUAGGAUUGAGAACCAUAUAGGUCUUGGCUCAAAGGGACACCCAGAAAGGCAAGAGGAAAAUGAAGAAAGUAUAGGAUUAUGAGAGCCAAGAAGAGAGAGAAUAUCAAGAAUUAAGUUAUUGUUACAAUAGCAAUUAUACAUAUGGCACUCUGUAAGUUAGGUGCAUGCAUUAGCUUCUGAUCUUCGCAGAGGUAGAUACUGUUAUUUUCCUGCUUACUGAUAGAAAAUUGAAUCCAAAAAUACCUAUUGGGUUUUGCAACAGGGUGGUAAUUGGUAUGAGUUAUCUCAGCAGAAGUGUGGUGGCAAAAGUUAGAUUGCAGAGGAUUGAGGAGGUAUAGCAUGUAAAGGAGAGAAGACUCUGAAGAGGUUUGACUGUGAAGAUGAAGGGGACGUGGAGUUAAGGGAACAUUUGUAAAAGACUAUAGUAGAUUUGGGUGUGUUUAAGUGUUAAAGAGGGACUUAGAGAACAGGGAGGGGUUGAAGAUAGAGAAGAGAGAUCACUAAUGGAUUAAGUCCUUUAACAACUGGGUACUCAUGUGAUUCAGAUCACAGGUGGAGGGAUGAACAAUAGAGAAGGGGAGAGAGCCCCCUUUCUUUGUUACAGGAAAGAGGAGAAAAAAGAUUGGCCCCCACAGAGUGAUAUCUGUACAUUUCUAGGUGAAAAGUUGAGGGUGUUGUGUCCUACACCUCAUUUUCCCUCACCUACCAUAGUCUGGAUGUCCUGGGGAAAUUUCACUGUUCCUUUGAAGUUUCCUCAAAUUUACUCCUUUUUGCUUCUUUUUAAAAAAUUACUAUGGAAUCUGUUUUGGUCACAUUCUAAUCUGUAGUCUAGAAUAAUUCUGCAGUGCAGUUAAAACAAAAAACCCUAAAACAGCUGAUAGCUCACCAAUUGCUGUAGGAUAAAAAGUCCUGAUUUACUAUGUAAUUUUGAGAUAAUUCACUUUCUGUUUGAGAAGUGAAAUCUCCCUUUGGUACAUUUUUAUUUCCCCCAUCUAUCUUUUCCAAUCCCAUUGGCAGGAAUGGGGGGAGGCAUUAUGGGAGAUUAGAAGGGGGAGGGUUUAGAGAAAGAUCUAGGUCGAGUUUCAGCUGUACCACUUACUAGCUCUGUCUCUUGAAGCAAAUCACUGAAGAGGAAAUGAGGAACUUGAAGAAACGGUUUAAGUGAUUAACUGGAGUACCCAUGCUGAAUAAUAAAUUAAAUAAGGCUGUUAAGAUGGCUGAUAAAUAAGAGGAAAACACAAGGCUCAAAGACUGGGAUUUGAUAAAACUUGAAGAACUGUCACAAAGGGAUUGAGGGCACGAAACUGCUCAAUUAGCUGGAAGGUAUUAGUAGAGAAUGGGUUAUGGGACUUUGCAGUUUAAGAGUUUGGGUAGUCGUUGCUGAUGAAGUCUGGAUUGAGGACAUCAGAGUGAAACAUGGGAGUGAAAUAAGGUCAUGGGAGUUAAGGUCAAAGAUGUGAGAGAAUGCUGUUUUGGAUGGGCUUUAAUUUUAAACUCAUCUAGAAUAAUGUGUGUUGGGGAGUGGAUGCGAAAGGAGCUUGUGAGUUAGGAAUGCAGACUUUCAGUGACUGCAUAUGGAUUUGUGACAGAGAUGACAUGACAAGAAGAGGUAAAUGGAGGCAUAUGCCAAUUGCAUGUGCUUCAAGAGUAAUGGUUAUUGGUGAGGGUACAAUAAUAACAUUUUAUAGGCUGAGAUAUAUGUUGAGUGUUGGUGGGAGAGAGAAGGGAUGAGGAAAGUUGCCAACACUUAGUAGGAACCUGUUCUGUCCCAGGUGAUCUAUGAACUCUACCUCAUUCAAUCCUUACCACCAUCCUCGGAGGUUGGUUCUGAUAUCUUCACUUUGCAGAAGAGCAAACUGAGGUUCAGAAAGAUGAAUUGCCUUUCUUUAUUUCUUACAGCUCAUAAGUGGUGGGACUAGGAGUAACUCUUGGGAGGGUGGAAGAAAUACACAGUGGUCUUUAUUAGAGGAAUGCUUUUAUGAUAGAAAAAGAUAGAAAAGAUAGAUUACAGAGGACACUAGGUCAGUACUGAGCCUAAUAAAUUGGGCUUCAACACACGUUUGUUGAAUUAAUCUAUAUUUUUUAUAGCUAUUUCAUUUUCUAAUCUUACUUUUCCAUAGGUCCCAUUUAUUCAACAUUCUUUUGAUUAUUUUCCCCCACUGAAGCCUGACUAUUGAUCUGUGGACAAGAUGACAGAUUCAUUGUCUUCUUCCUUCUUUCCUGAUUUUGGCCUGCUAUUGUAUUUGGAGGAGCUAAACAAAGAGGAAUUAAAUAAAUUCAAGUUACUCCUGAGGAAUGCGACCAUGGAACCCGAGCACUGCCAGAUACCCUGGGCUGAAGUGAAGAAGGCCAAGCGGGAGGAUCUGGCUAACUUGAUGAACAGAUAUUAUCCAGGAGAGCAGGCCUGGGAUGUGGCUCUCAAAAUCUUUGGCAAGAUGAACCUGAAGGAUCUGUGUGAGAGAGCAAAAGCAGAGAUCAACUGGACCACCCAGAGUAUGGGGCCAGAAGAUGCCAGGGCCGGAGAGGCACAAGGUGAUCAGGAGGCAGUGUUGGGUGAUGGAACAGAAUACAGAAGUCGAAUAAAGGAAAAAUUCUGCAUCAUGUGGGAUAAGGAGUGUUUGCUUGGAGAACCUAAAGAUUUCUGUCAUGAAAUUGCUCAGAAAGGUCAAGAACUGUUGGAACAUUUGUUUGAUGUGGAUGUCAAAACCGGGGAACAGCCACAGACGGUGGUGCUUCAGGGGGCUGCUGGCGUUGGGAAAACAACCUUGGUGAGAAAGGCAAUGUUAGAUUGGGCACAGGGCAACCUCUAUCAGCAGAGAUUUGCCUAUGUUUUUUAUCUCAAUGCCAGAGAAAUUAACCAGUUGAGAGAGAGAAGCUUUGUUCAAAUGAUAUCAAAGGACUGGCCCAGCACAGAAGGCCCCAUUGAAAGAAUUAUGUCCCAGCCCAGUAGUCUCCUUUUUAUCAUUGAUAGUUUUGAUGAACUGAACUUCGCCUUUGAGGAACCUGAGUUUGCGUUGUGUGAAGACUGGACCCAGGUACACCCAGUGUCCUUCCUCAUGAGUAGUUUGCUGAGGAAAGUGAUGCUCCCUGAGUCAUCCUUACUGGUGACAACGAGACUCACAGCAUGUAAGAAACUAGAGCCUUUGUUGAAGAGUCAGCGUUCUGUAGAGCUACUGGGUAUGUCUGAGGAUGCAAGAGAGGAGUAUAUUUACCAGUUUUUUGAAGACAAGAAGUGGGCUUUGCAAGUAUUUGGUUCACUAAGAAAUAGUGAGAUGCUUUUUAGCCUGUGCAAAGUCCCCCUAGUGUGCCGAGUCAUUUGUACUUGUCUGGAGCAGCAAAUGGAGAAGGGUGUCACAUUGACCUGCAAAACCACCACGGCUCUGUUUACCUGCUAUAUCUCUAGCUUGUUCACACCAGCAGAUGGAAGCUGUCCUAGUCUACCCAACCAAACCCAACUGAGGAGCCUGUGCCACUUAGCUGCCAAAGGAGUAUGGACUAUGACAUAUGUGUUUUACAGGGAAAAUCUCAGAAAGCAUGGAUUAACUAAAUGUGAUGUCACAAUUUUCCUGGACGUGAAUAUUCUUCAAAAGGACACAGAGUAUGAAAACUGCUAUGUGUUCACCCACCUACAUAUUCAGGAGUUUUUUGCAGCUAUGUUCUAUAUAUUGAAAGACAGUAUGGAAACCAGGAACCUUUUUUUUCAGUCUUUUGAAGAUGUGAAGCUGUUAUUUGAAAGCAACAGUUAUAAAGACCCCCAUCUGAUGCAGAUGAAAUGCUUUUUGUUUGGCCUUUUGAAUGAAGGUCUAGUAAAACAACUCGAGGACACUUUUAACUGUAAAAUGUCACUGGGGGUAAAAUGGAAGAUACUUCAGUGGAUGGAAAUAUUAGGAAACAGUGACUGUUUUCCAUCACAGCUAGGAUUUCUGGAGUUGUUUCACUAUCUGUAUGAGACUCAAGAUGAAGGAUUUAUAAGCCAGGCAAUGAGAUAUUUCCGAAAGGUUGUCAUUAAUAUUCAUGGGAAAAUCCAUUUGCUUGUGUCUUCAUUCUGCCUCAAGCAUUGCCAAAGUUUACAGACCAUUAAACUGUCUGUGACUGUGGAAUCUGAGAGGAAGAUGUUAAACUCAAGCCACUCAGCUGAAACUUGGCAAAGGGAUUUUGGUCGCAUUACUCAUUAUUGGCAAGAUCUCUGUUCUGUGCUUCAUACAAAUGAACAGUUGAGAGAAUUGGACCUGUGUCAUAGCAACCUUGAUAAGUUAGCAAUGAAGACUUUUUAUCAAGAACUAAGGCACCCAAACUGUAAACUACAAAAACUACGCUUGGAAUCCUGUGAUCUAACUACAGUUUGUUGUCUGGAUAUCUCUAAGGCUCUCGUCAGAAGCCAGAGCCUGAUAUUUCUGAAUCUGUCGACCAAUAAUCUUUUGGAUGAUGGAGUAAAGCUGUUGUGCGAAGCCUUAAGACAUCCAAAGUGUUACCUAGAGAGACUGUCCUUAGAAAGCUGUGGCCUCACAGUAGCUGGCUGUGAGGAUCUUUCUUCAGCUCUCAUCAGCAAUAAAAGGCUGACACAUCUGUGCUUGGCAGACAACAACUUAGGAGAUGGUGGAGUAAAGCUUAUGAGUGAUGCCUUGAAACAUCCACAGUGCACUCUACAGAGCCUUGUGCUGAGGCGUUGCCAUUUCACUGCACUUAGCAGUGAACAUCUGUCAUCUUCUCUCCUACACAACAAGAGCUUGACGCAUCUGGAUCUGGGCUCAAACCAACUACAAGAUGAUGGAGUAAAGCUUCUAUGUGAUGUCUUUCGACAUCCAAGCUGUAAUCUUCAGGACCUGGAAUUGAUGGGCUGUGUUCUCACUAGUGCAUGUUGUCUGGAUCUGUCUUCUGCUAUUUUGAACAACCCAAAUUUAAGAAGCCUCUACCUUGGGAAUAAUGAUUUGCAGGAUGAUGGAGUAAAAAUUCUGUUUGAAGCUUUGAGACAUCCAAACUGUAACAUACAGAGGCUUAGGUUGGAAUACUGUGGUCUGACCUCUCUCUGUUGCCAGGAUCUUUCCUCUACUCUGAGCAGCAACCAAAGACUGAUAAAAAUAAACUUGACACAGAAUACCUUAGGGUGUGAAGGAAUUAUGAAGUUAUGUGAAGUCUUGAAGUCUCCUGAAUGUAAACUACAGGUUCUAGGGUUAUGCAAAGAGGCACUUGAUGAGGAAGCCCAGAAGCUGCUGGAAGCUGUGGGAGUUAGCAAUCCACACCUAGUCAUUAAGCACGAUUGUAACGAUCAUAAUGAAGAAGAUGAUUCCUGGUGGCGGUGUUUCUGAUUUGAAGAACCUCUGAUAGUCUUUAAAAAAGUAAAAUAAAAGACUUCAGAGUGACAAGGCCUGGGGCUCUUAGCUUUAGAUAUUCUGUGCCCACACUUGUUUCAUUCGAUGUCUGUUAGAUAUAGGUUAGUCACUUCUCUUUAAAAUGUCUCUUCUAUUUCACAAGGGAGUUUAGAGGCUAAAAUAAAAUGAAAAACAUAAAGCUC